AUGGACGAGGACGAUGGCCCAAAAGACGGAGGCACUGGCAAGAUCGGCUUCAGGCCUUCCACGGAUGCGAUCGCCUGCCAGACCCCAUCCCAGUCUGGCAUCCCAGCCUGGAUGCUGGCCAGGAACAACUCAGUGCAUGCGCCUGUCUUUGGACAGCCAUCAGCUCGAAAGAGUGAGCCCAAAGCUUCUCCGCCGCCCCAGAAGCCUUCCCCGUCUGUGGGCCUGGACGCGCUCAACGACAACCAGGCUCUAGCCCUCCUGUUGAAGAACGAAACGGUCGGAGGCCUAUUGCAGAAUGCAUUCAACGCUCGCGUCGAGGAGCACCAGCAGAAGCUGGUUCGAGCUUACAAUCAACGCCUGGUCGAGCUCGAAGAAUACACUCGAAGCUGGCGAGAUGCCACCAAGGAGCUUUGGUCAGCCCUCAGCGAGGGCACACUUAAGCCCAACAACGAUCAGCGAGAAACUCUUCUCUGGAAAGGCCCACAGGAAGCCGGAAGUCGUUUCGACCCAGACCUUCCCUCGGCGCCCCAAGAGGUUGUCGAAAAGGAGGUUGAUGCGGAUGGAAGAGUGGCAUGCAUCAGUAUCAAAGUCGCGAGCUCUUCGCAGUCCACAUCGCAUUUCAACCGACAGGAAUGGAUCACCAGCAACGGGUGUAGUAAAAAGAAUUUCAAGAGCCUCGGACACAAGAUUCGGUCAUUCAUGAAAAUUAAGCACGACCCGCGCUUGUUGUUCAGAGACAAACACGACGUUGGGAAAAUUGAGUGUCGACCUUUCACAGCGGUCACCUCUACCACACGGAAUCUACACAAGGACGACGUGAUCAUAGAGAUGACCCCCUCAAAUGUUGCGCUGAUGGGUAAAGCAUUCUGCUAUCUCAAGGACACAAACGAUCGGCUUCUGCCGCAAAGAAAUACCGAUCCUGGAGCCGAUUUUACCGCCGCCGAGCUUUCCUUUCUAUAUGACCGUUUCUCCCAGGAACCAACAAAGAGGCAUAUAGACGUGGUGUCUGACAAAUUUGGCACGAAAAAGGUCAAUUCUUCUCUCUUCGCUGCCGAUGCUGACAUCUCGGUGAUUCCAAAGAGGCUCUUAAUUGCUCGGCCAUGCUACGACACCAGUGGUAGUAUCAAUGGCGUGACGUUCUUCGAUGUCGGAAGCGACACUCAUACAACUCGUCAAGACAAGGGGCCAGUGGCAGAAGUCAGCAAGAAAGCUUGUGAUGACCUCCACGAGAAGCUUGUUAAGCACUACCGAAACUCCUGGCCGUCAAAAAAGAAGAACAAAACCUUGAUCCAAAGUGUGUCCCUGCCGCUGAAGUAUUCAAACAACAAAGAGGUAUAUGACGGCAACCGAGUAAUCGGGGCCGAGUUCUUCGACACUGCCUCCGGUGCUCGCAAAGCUCGUGUUUCUACUGACAUUGUGCUUACCGAAGACACUGUCACACUCAUGGACAUCGGUUAUCUUCUCGAACGGGUCAUUCUCGAGGGCAUGCUCCCAGUCAUCAAACAAAAUCAUACAACAAGCUCACCCGUAUCUAUCGAGAUUCCCCAUUCGAAGAGCCAAGUAUCAUGGCCUCAGAUGUCACCUUCCGAAGUAUCAGAGCAGUCAGGCAAAACAGUGAGUGUGGCCAGGAGCUUCCCGAAGACCUGCGUGGCACUACAUGACAUGGGCCUUGAGCAACAGGACAUAUCAGCCGUGCUGAAGAGUUUAGCAUCACCCCAGCCGUCCCUGUUCCAGCGAACGCUUGCCCUUAGUGCUGGGCUGAAGGAGCUCAGGGACCAAACGUGCCACGACAACCCUGAUUCUCAGACACAAAAUCAGUGGCUGGCAAUAGGAGGAGAGCUUGAAGAUGUGCGCUCUCCCUCUCCUUCACUGGAGCAGGACAGCCCCACAGACACUCAGCCCCAAGUACAUGGUGCGCAAGCUGAAGUGUUCCCGUUCGGGCUGACCGACCAACGCAUCCUUGAAGAUUUCUCAGGUGAUAGCGAAGACAGCGAUCUCGUCAUGCUUGACGGGCAGCCGAAGAGUAUUACGUUUCGUCGCCGUGAGAAGCACCUUCUGUCGGCAGUUGACCAGGAGGUCCAAAUGGCAAAAAGGCCGAAGCUUUCAACUCCUGAGAUUUUCACGGAGGUGGGUGAGCAGCUGCCUCAGUCGUUACACCGGGGUAAGCGAGACUCUGUUGAGGCGUUCAACCCUCUACCGCCUCCGAGCGCGAUUACUAUCGGAGAGCUCCACAAGCUUCGGGAGCAACUCCGACGACUUGGAAAUCGGCUUCAAGACAGCGUCGACCGGGGCGAGGAAAGCACCGUUGGCGGGGAAAUCGAAGAAAUUGAGAAACUGCGAAUCACCAUCGAGCGGUUUGGGGGCGUUCUUGAGGCUCAGCGUGAGACUGAGGAAAGGCAAGAGAUGCGCAAGGAGGGAAAGACCCUGGAGUUGAGUGAUCUCGCUGAUUCCUAUAUCCCCAGGUUCAUCCGUCGACGAGAUUCCUGCCCGCGAAACCUCCGCAGCGCCUAA